UGUACAGAUUUUGAGACUGUUAGGUUGGUUGGUGGUAACAGUCCCUGCAGUGGUAGAGUGGAGGUUCAUCAUAAUGGUCAGUGGGGAAUAGUGUGUGAUGAUGACUGGGAUAUGACUGAUGCUAAAGUGGUGUGUAGAGAGCUGGGAUGUGGAGAGGCUGUAGAGGCUCUGGGUGAUGCUCACUUUGGACCAGGAUCAGGACCAAUCUGGAUGGAUGAUGUGGCCUGUACUGGAUCAGAGUCCACACUGAAGAACUGUGCAUCAGGAGGAUGGGGUGUUAGUGACUGUGGUCAUCGACAUGAUGCUGGAGUCAAAUGCUUAGGUCGCCACCCCAGACUCGUUAAUGGAUUCCACCUGUGUUCUGGGAGAUUAGAAAUUCUUCAGGGGAACACAUGGUACACAGUGUGUGCUGCUGCCUUUGACCAGCAGGAUGCAGAGGUUGUGUGUAGAGAGCUGGACUGUGGGGCUCUUGUACAGGUGCUGGGAGCUGCUGCUUUUGGCAAAGGAGACGCUCAGAUGUGGACACAAGAGAUUCAGUGCAGAGGAGAUGAAUCACACAUUCGACGCUGUUCAUUGUCAACUUCAGCUCAAAUAAGCUGUACCCAUGAUAAUGACAUAGGACUGAUAUGUUCUGGUUACACUGAUCUCAGACUGGUAAACAGCCCUGACAUCUGUUCUGGUCGAGUCGAACAUCAGUACUUAAGUAAAUGGGGCACAGUGUGUGAUGCAUGCUGGGAUAUGAGAGCUGCCAGUGUCCUCUGUAGACAGCUGAAUUGUGGGAUUGCUGUGUCUGUUGUGGGAUCAGACUGGUUUGGAGAGGGAAGUGGUAAAAUCUGGGCUGAUGUGUUUGAUUGUGACGGGAAUGAAACAAAACUCUCAGAAUGUUCCAUCUCUUCAUGGAGUCGAGCUGAAUGUUCUCAUAGUCGAGAUGUUGGAGUCAUCUGCUCUAAUUCCUCUCUGGCUCUUCAUGAUGGUCUGGUGCGGUUGUCUGCAGAGAGACAGUGUGAGGGGGAGGUGGAAGUUUUCGUCCAUCAGGUCUGGAGGAGAGUUCUGCUGGACUCCUGGAGUCUCACUGAAUCCUCUGUGGUCUGCAGACAGCUGGGCUGUGGCUCUGUGCUGAACUUCUACGGCUCCUCUUCAUCCAGUCCUGAACACAGUCAUGAGUGUGUGACGGGCUUCCAGUGCUCUGGGAGUGAAGCUCAUCUGGGGAACUGCAGCUCUCCACAAACUCUCAACUGCAGCUCCACACAACAGCUGCUGGUGGGUUCUGGGGGAGACUGUGCAGGGAGGCUGGAGGUUUUUCACAGCGGCUCAUGGGGGACAGUGUGUGGCGACUCCUGGGAUAUUAAAGAUGCUCAUGUGGUGUGCAGACAGCUGCAGUGUGGAGUGGCCCUCGGAAACAAGCAGGUACCAGCCUGGUUUGGUCCUGGUUCUGGACCCAUAUGGCUGGAUGAGGUGGAGUGUGAGGGGAAUGAGACGUCCCUGUGGAGCUGCUCUUCUCCAGGCUGGGGAAAACAUGACUGUCAACACAAGGAGGAUGUAGGAGUCAUAUGCUCAGAGUUUAAAGAGAUCAGGUUAAGUGAGGGCUGUGAAGGGAAUGUGGAGGUUUUCUACAAUGGAUCCUGGGGUAAUGUGUGCUGGAACCAGAUGGACGGAGACACAGCAAGUCUGAUCUGUCAAGAGCUGAACUGUGGAAGAUCUGGUGUUUUGUCGGAUUCUACAGCAAGAGUGAAAUCAGCUCCUAACUGGCUAGAUGAAGUGAAGUGUCGACCACAUGAUUCAUAUCUGUGGCAGUGUCCAUCUUCACCCUGGGGACAGAAUAACUGUAAUAAUAAGGAUGAAGUGGCCAAAAUCACCUGCUCAAAUUUUGAGACUGUUAGGUUGGUUGGUGGUAACAGUCUCUGCAGUGGUAGAGUGGAGGUUCAUCAUGGUCAGUGGGGAACAGUGUGUGAUGAUGACUGGGAUAUGACUGAUGCUGCAGUGGUGUGUAGAGAGCUGGGCUGUGGAGAGGCUGUAGAAACUCUGGAUAAGGCUCACUUUGGUCAAGGAUCAGGACCUAUCUGGAUGGAUAAUGUGGCCUGUAGUGGAUCAGAGUCUACACUGAAGAACUGUAGAUCAAGAGGAUGGGGUGUUAGUGACUGUGGUCAUGGUGAAGAUGCUGGAGUCAAAUGCACAGGUAAGCUGUCAAGACUUGUUGCUGGGUCUCAGCUGUGCUCUGGAAGAGUGGAGAUGCUUCUUGCAGGUGGAUGGGGUUCAGUGUGUGACGCUGCCUUUGACCAGCAGGAUGCAGAGGUUGUGUGUAGAGAGCUGGACUGUGGGGCUCCUGUACAGGUGCUGGGAGCUGCUGCUUUUGGUAAAGGGGACGCUCAGAUCGGAUCAAAAGAGAUUCAGUGCAGAGGAGACGAAUCACACAUUCAACGCUGUCCAUCAUCAACCUCACAUAAAAUAAACUGCACCCAUGAAAAUGAUGUUGGACUGAUAUGUUACACUGAUCUCAGGCUGGUGAACGGUUCAGACUCUUGUUCUGGAAGAGCGGAGCUUCAGUUCCUCAGUAAAUGGGGAACAGUGUGUGAUGCAUGCUGGGAUAUGAGAGCUGCCAGUGUCCUCUGUAGACAGCUGAAUUGUGGGAUUGCUGUGUCUGUUGUGGGAUCAGACUGGUUUGGAGAGGGAAGUGGUGAAAUCUGGGCUGAUGUGUUUGAUUGUGACGGGAAUGAAACAAAACUCUCAGAAUGUUCCAUCUCUUCAUGGAGUCGAGCUGAAUGUUCUCAUAGUCGAGAUGUUGGAGUCAUCUGCUCUACCUUUGACCAGCAGGAUGCAGAGGUUGUGUGUAGAGAGCUGGACUGUGGGGCUCCUGUACAGGUGCUGGGAGCAGCUGCUUUUGGUAAAGGAGACACUCAGAUGUGGACACAAGAGAUUCAGUGCAGAGGAGACGAAUCACACAUUCAACGCUGUCCAUCAUCAACCUCACAUAAAAUAAACUGCACCCAUGAAAAUGAUGUUGGACUGAUAUGUUCCGGUUACACUGAUCUCAGGCUGGUGAACGGUUCAGACUCUUGUUCUGGAAGAGCGGAGCUUCAGUUCCUCAGUAAAUGGGGAACAGUGUGUGAUGCAUGCUGGGAUAUGAGAGCUGCCAGUGUCCUCUGUAGACAGCUGAAUUGUGGGAUUGCUGUGUCUGUUGUGGGAUCAGACUGGUUUGGAGAGGGAAGUGGUGAAAUCUGGGCUGAUGUGUUUGAUUGUGACGGGAAUGAAACAAAACUCUCAGAAUGUUCCAUCUCUUCAUGGAGUCGAGCUGAAUGUUCUCAUAGUCGAGAUGUUGGAGUCAUCUGCUCUAAUUCCUCUCUGGCUCUCCAUGAUGGUCUGGUGCGGUUAUCUGGAGAGAGACAGUGUGAGGGGGAGGUGGAAGUGUUCAUUCAUCGGGUCUGGAGGAGAGUUCUGCUGGACUCCUGGAGUCUCACUGAAUCCUCUGUGGUCUGCAGACAGCUGGGCUGUGGCUCUGUGCUGAACUUCUAUGGCUCCUCUUCAUCCAGUCCUGAACACAGUCAUGAGUGUGUGACGGGCUUCCAGUGCUCUGGGAGUGAAGCUCAUCUGGGGAACUGUAGCCCUCCACAAACUCUCAACUGCAGCUCCACACAACAGCUGUCAAUCACCUGCCUUGGUCGCGGGUCCAUCAGGCUGGUGGGUUCUGGGGGAGACUGUGCAGGGAGGCUGGAGGUUUUUCACAGCGGCUCAUGGGGGACAGUGUGUGAUGACUCCUGGGAUAUUAAAGAUGCUCAUGUGGUGUGCAGACAGCUGCAGUGUGGAGUGGCCCUCAGUAACCAGCAGGUACCAGCCUGGUUUGGUCCUGAUCAUGUUCCUCUCAGACUGAGUGGAGGGGAGGGCCGGUGCUCUGGGAGGCUGGAGGUGUAUCAUAACGCUGUGUGGGGCUCAGUCUGUGAUGAUCAGUGGGACAUCAGCGAUGCUCAGGUGGUCUGCAGGCAGCUGGGUUGUGGAGCAGCACUGAGGGCUGAUGGGAAUUCAGUCUUUGGUGCUGGUGAAGGUGUUGUGUGGAUGAACAAAGUUGAAUGCAGAGGGAAUGAGAUUCACCUGUGGGACUGUCUUCUCUCCCUGAAUAACCACACUGACUGCUCACGCAAGAAGCUUGUUAGACUCACCUGUGCAGAUGUGUUAGUGUCCACUACUCCUGCCACAACAUCAUCAGUCACUCCUCCACAAACUCCUCCAGCAGCAUCUCUCUCCGUCCCCCCAGUGCUUGUGAUUGUUCUGGGAGUUGUGCUCUUACUGUUCUUAGUGCCACUGCUUAUACUGAUUCAGCAGAACAGAGUGAUGAGGAGAGCUCUCUCUAAGAGGAGACACAGGACGACGACUGAGGCCGUUUAUGAGGAGAUUCAGCACAGACACAAUCACUUCACUCAGAGAGAUCAUAUUCCUCUCAGACUGAGUGGAGGGGAGAGCCGGUGCUCUGGGAGGCUGGAGGUGUAUCAUAACGCUGUGUGGGGCUCAGUCUGUGAUGAUCAGUGGGACAUCAGCGAUGCUCAGGUGGUCUGCAGGCAGCUGGGUUGUGGAGCAGCACUGAGAGCUGAUGGGAAUUCAGUCUUUGGUGCUGGUGAAGGUGUUGUGUGGAUGAACAAAGUCGAGUGCAGAGGGAAUGAGAUUCACCUGUGGGACUGUCCUCUCUCCCUGAAUAACCACACUGACUACUCACGCAAGAAGCUUGUUAGACUCACCUGUGCAGGUUUGCCAGAUGUGUUAGUGUCCACUACUCCUGCCACAACAUCAUCAGUCACUCCUCCACAAACUCCUCCAGCAGCAUCUCUCUCCGUCCCCCCAGUGCUUGUGAUUGUACUGGGAGUUGUGCUCUUACUGCUCUUAGUGCCACUGCUUAUACUGAUUCAGCAGAACAGAGUGAUGAGGAGAGCUCUCUCUGACUGGUACACAGGACUUCACAGGACUCAGUCUCAGACUGAGCCAGUAUAUGAGGAAAUUUAUCACAGACACAAUCAAUUUACUCAUAGAGGGAGUCUCAUCUCUGAAGAACUGUAUUCUGGGUAUGAAGAUGCUGAUGAGCUUCUCUCAGGUUAG